GAGUCGCCGGAGGAAUAGAGUACAUUCCGAUUGGAGAUCGUUUACAUACAUAAGAAUGAAGAUUUUGGUGAAGACUUUAAAUGGUACUCACUUCGCAAUCGACGUGAAACCUGAAGACACGUUAUGCAUUUUCCACCUACUCCUUUGUCAAGAUAAUUUCGCUCUCUAAGAGGAGAAAAACUUGGGCAUAGCAGUGGUAUCAUGUCAUCAUGCCUACAUGGGAUCACCAAUUUAAUCAAGGAGUAAUACACUUUUCACUUCAGUAGCAGAGCUGUUUGUUCCAGCAUUAAAAAGAGGGCUGCAACCUCUGUCAUUUGAUUUGUCAUGAUUGGUCAGUCACCAUUGUAACGAAGUUUUUUGGACUUUUUAUGCGUUGAUGGUCCUUUUGUCAAUAACUAUUUUUUUCUUUUUCUGUAACUUGAUGUUUGCUUUUAUAUUUUCAAGAAUGAAUUUGAUUUGAAGUCAAAAUUGUGCAUUUGACCCAAGACACAUGGAAGUUAUUAAUUUCCCUCUUUGUCCUGGACCAAAGCAAUCUCUAAUUUUACAAUAUGGUGCAUGAAGCACGAAGCAAUAUGAAUGGUCUAUAUAUUUAACCAUUCAUCCAUCUAUAUGUUUUACAAUAUGUCUGUCUAUCUAUCUAUCUAUGUAUCUAUCCAUAUUUCAUUUUUUCUGCCCCUCUAUCUAUCAGUGAUUUAGCGGCAUUGACUUUGUUAGGUCAAUAGGACGUAUGUUGGUGAAUUUUGUAGAUCGUGACAUUAAGUUAGAACUUUUACUUAAUUUCUAGUUUAGUUUAGAAAUUGUCAAAAGUUAGCUAACUGUUGGUUACCUCUCCAAAUUGAUGAUGAACUACAUGCCACGACAAAGGACACCUUGAUAAUCUUCAUCAACAAGGGUAAAAAGGCACCACAGAGACAUGCUCAAGCUCCUAGUUCAACUCCAGCAUCAGCUGAUCCUCAACCUCCUGUAACUAUAUUGGCAUCGUGAGUUCAAGUUUCGCAUGGCAUUGAUAUGCUAUAUUUUGUCGCUUUCUGUCCUUUGGUUUGUGUUGGAUAAUAGUGUAAUUAAUGAUAGAGUUGUGGUCAUCUUGUAAAUAAGCUAUACUUGUACAUAAAUAUAUCUAUCUAUCUAUCUAUAUAAAUAUCUCAGAUUUUUAGGGUUCUCUGUAAUUCUGAGAACACCACAAAACACCUUUCUCUCUCUACCUCUCAACAUGGUAUCGGAGCCAAAAGUAAUUGAAAACACGUGCUGGAACAAAAAGGCGGCCUUACGUGAGGGGGCGUGUUAGAGGAUAUAAAUAAUAAAGUUACAUCCUCUCUAACAGCUUAAGCUUUUAUAGUAGAUGGCUGUCAACAGUUUGCGAUAUGCAUAUUUAUUCCUACUUCACAGUCCUACACCCACUCUUGCGCCUGCAGCAUCUCCUGCUUCUUCUGUUGUUGCUGGAUCAGAGCCGGUCUAUGGUCAAACAGCAUCAAACCUGGUUGCAGGAAUCAUCCUUGAGGGAGCAAUCCUGCAAAUUCUUGAUAUGGGUGGAGGGACUUGGGAUAGGGAUAUUGUUCUUCGUGCCCUUCUUGCUGCUUACAACAACCCCAAGAGAGCUGUUGAAUAUUUAUAUUCUGGUAUACCUGAGCAAGCUGAGGUUCCACGUCUGGUCCAAUCCGAGGAUAGCAGGCAGGCUGCAAAUCCUCCAAUUCAGCCUCCACAACCAGCACCUGUUCCUUCAAGUGGACCCAAUGCAAAUCCGUUGGAUCUAUUUCCCCAAGUAGGGCCAUCCACCAUGGGUUCGAGUGCUGCUGGUGCAGGCACCCUAGAUUUUUUACGCAACAGUCAACAGUUCCAAGCCUUGCAAGCUAUGGUGCAGGCCAAUCCACAAAUCUUGCAGCCAAUGCUUCAGGAGUUAGGGAAACAGAAUCCUAACCUGAUUAGGCUUAUUCAAGAGCAUCAGGCUGAUUUCCUUCGUCUCAUCAAUGAGCCUGUUGAAGAUGGAGGAGGGAACAUAUUGGGGCAGCUUGCUUCGGUCAUGCCCGAGGAAUUAACUGUAACACCUGAGGAACAAGAAGCCGUAGAACGUCUUGAAGCAAUGGGGUUUGAUCGAGCAAUUGUUCUGGAGGCGUUCUUUGCCUGUAACAAGAAUGAAGAAUUGGCGGCCAACUACCUUUUAGAUCGCAUGAAUGAAUUUGAGGAUUGAUGUUAAGAGUAACUUUGGAACAAUUUCUUCUCUCUCUCUCUCACACUUUCAUCCGGUAUUUUCUUUCUUCCCUUUCCCUGAUUUCUCUCUUUCUUAUUGCAUACGCUCCAUCCACAACACUUCGCUUUGGGAGUCCUAUAAUCUUGGCUGCUCGAGAGGACAUGAAAUGUGAAAAAGCUACUCUUAUCAUGUUUUCACCCUCUUCUUUUUGUAUCUCUGCCUUAUUAGGAUUCUAUACAGUAGUUCUAUACAUAACACUCUUGCCAGUUUGUUUGUUUACGUGCUAUGCUUGAACAUUUGAGUGUUUAGGCACAUGCCAUUAACAAAUUGCGAUUAUUCUCAGUGUAUACACAAGUAUGUUGAAAUGGUAA